AUGGGUCGUAUCGAUGAGUUUGCGGCGCAUGCGUUUGAUUAUCUGAUCGUCGGCGGAGGCACAGCAGGCUUGGUGCUAGCGGCACGCCUGAGCGAACGCCCUGACAUCGUGGUCGGAGUAAUCGAAGCCGGUCCUGCGGCUUUGGAUGAGAAAGCAAUUAACAUUCCAGGUCUUUACGGCUCGACGAUUGGGUCUCAGUAUGACUGGCAAUUUGAAACGGUGUCUCAGCCAGGACUGUCAGGUCGGAAACUCCCUUGGCCCCGGGGAAAAGUACUUGGCGGUACUAGUGCCCUGAAUUUCAUGGCAUGGAAUCGUGGGAACCGAGAAGAUUACGAUGCUUGGAAGGAGUUGGGAAACCACGGAUGGGGCUGGGAGGAUCUUUUACCUUACUUCAAACGCUCCGAGACUUUCCACCCUCCCGAUGCCACACAUCAAAAGCAGCACCGUUCCUACUACCAGGAAGAAACACAUGGGUCUGCUGGACCCCUUCAUACAACUCAUAUCCAGAACUAUGGUCCAGCGCACCGGUUUUGGCACGCGACGCUCAAUGCGGUCGGGGUGGUUACUAGUCCAGACAGCCUUGCCGGGUCAAAUAGAGGAGCUUGGAAUAUGAUCUGCACCGUGGAUCCCAUCAACCAAACCAGGAGUUACUCGGCGAACGCCUACUAUCAGGCUAUCGCAGCACGACCGAACUUGGUGCUACUUACGGAGGCAAUGGUGACAAAGGUACUAAUCGAGAAGGAUGGUAACGGUGACCGGUGGAUUGCGAGUGGAGUCAACAUCCUCUGCGAUAAUGAGGAAAGGGAAGUCUACGCAGCAAGAGAGGUUAUCCUCUCGGCGGGAAGUGUUCAGUCUCCACAGCUUCUCGAGCUAUCUGGAGUUGGCAAGGCCGAGGUCCUGCGAUCGGCUGGAAUUCCUGUCAAGGUUGAGAAUCCGAAUGUGGGAGAGAACCUCCAGGAGCAUAUGAUGACAGCCACAAUCUUUGAAAUUCCGCCUGAGAUACCCACCCGGGAUGACCUGCUGCAGGACUCAGCGCUUCGGGAGGCAGCGAGUCGAGAGUAUGAAGACACGAAAUCCGGGCCGUGGACAAUCCUUCCGUGUUCGAUCGCAUAUUGUUCAUUGUCACAGAUCAUCGGUCAAGAGGACCUGGAAGGUCUCCGAUCGAGAGCAGAGUCAUUGGCCACAGAGACAGGCAAAAAACGAGAUGAGAUCCUAGCUCGCCAAUUACAGGAGCAUGCUAACUUGGGUCAGCUCGAGUAUCUCUUCGAUGUCGGGAACUGGAAUCCAUACUUCAAAUCAGAAGAGGGCAAGAAAUAUGGUACGAUGCUUAUGAUGCUGCAAUAUCCCUGGUCUCGAGGGUCCAUCCACCUGCCACACAAGGACGCUGGCCUCCGUGCGACUAUCCAUGACAAGCCAAUUAUCGAUCCACGAUACUACCUCGGUCAUGGGGAGCUAGACCUGGAGGUUAUGAAGAUCGGCCAGCGAUUGACGGAGCGAAUCUGCGCAACGAAGCCACUUUCAGACAUGAUUUGCUCCCGGGUAUUUCCUCCGAUGCCUAGCUCCGACGCACCACUUGAAAUAGACGAAUACGACGAGUUUGUCCGGAACUAUACCAUCACUGACUGGCACCCGAUCGGAACCUGCGCGAUGGGAGGCUUCGAAGGCGAGAAGUCCGGCGUGGUCGAUUGCCGUCUGAGAGUUUACGGUAUAGCUAACCUGCGUGUUGUCGAUGCCAGCGUCAUGCCUCUCCAAGUCAGCGCGCAUAUUCAGGCGACGGUGUAUGCCAUUGCAGAGAAGGCUGCGGAGAUGAUCAUCGAGGAUAUGGAUGCAACGUUAACCCAUAAGUAA